AUGGGCCUGGGUCUGUCUGCAUCACGGGCCUGGGUCUGUCUGCAUCAUGGGCCUGGGUCUGCAUCACGGGCCUGGGUCUGUCUGCAUCAUGGGCCUGGGUCUGUCUGCAUCAUGGGCCUGGGUCUGUCUGCAUCACGGGCCUGGGUCUGUCUGCAUCAUGGGCCUGGGUCUGUCUGCAUCACGGGCCUGGGUCUGUCUGCAUCACGGGCCUGGGUCUGCAUCAUGGGCCUGGGUCUGUCUGCAUCACGGGCCUGGGUCUGCAUCAUGGGCCUGGGUCUGUCUGCAUCACGGGCCUGGGUCUGUCUGCAUCAUGGGCCUGGGUCUGCAUCACGGGCCUGGGUCUGUCUGCAUCACGGGCCUGGGUCUGUCUGCAUCACGGGCCUGGGUCUGUCUGCAUCAUGGGCCUGGGUCUGUCUGCAUCAUGGGCCUGGGUCUGUCUGCAUCAUGGGCCUGGGUCUGUCUGCAUCAUGGGUCUGGGGAAGUGUGUGCGUGGGAAGAGCUCCGUGA